AGUCUUCUCUUUCACUUCCGUCUUCUUCUUCCCCCUUUCUCUCUCCAAUCCAAACAAAACAACAAAACCCUAAAACUAAAAAAAAUUGAUCCGACCGGAGACCCGAUUUCGAAGGUCCAACCCGAUCCAUUUCUCCAUUGAAGCUAAGUCAAGUAAACUUGUAAAAUUGGAGAGGGAUAUAUAAGUUAAAAAAAAUGUAUAAGAACCAGCUGCAAGAGCUGGCGCAGAGAAGCUGCUUUAACUUGCCGUCAUAUACAUGCAUAAGAGAAGGACCUGAUCACGCUCCAAGAUUUAAAGCUACCGUCAACUUUAACGGCGAGAUCUUCGAAUGUCCUCAAUACUGUUCUACUCUCCGUCAAGCUGAACACUCCGCCGCCGAAGUCGCUCUCUUCUCCCUCUCCAAUCGCGGUCCUUCUCACUCCCUCGCCGCUCGCAUUCUCGAUGAAACUGGGGUAUACAAGAACCUUCUACAGGAAAUUGCACAAAGAGUUGCUGCUCCAUUGCCACAGUAUAAAACAUUCAGGUCAGGUUUGGGGCACCAGCCUGUUUUUACUGGGGUUGUAGAAUUGGCUGGAAUUACUUUCACAGGUGAACCCGCCAAGAAUAAGAAACAAGCCGAGAAGAAUGCAGCUAUGGCAGCUUGGUCAUCUCUAAAGCAAUUGGCAAAAGAAGAUGCGAGUUCUUCAUCUGUACCAGAAAACAAUGAUGAAUUAGAACAAAUAACAAUAGCCCGGGCCUUGUUGAAUUACCGUCGGAAGGAGAAGAUGAUAAUAGCAAAUUCUCCCAAUUCCCCUAUACCGUUUUCUAGAAAGUUCCAAAUGCAUAGCCCUAGGCCAACAAGUCCACAGCCUGCACCUGCUACUACAUCUAAAAUCCUCCCCUUUAUUUGCUCAAGAACAACUCGAAAUAGACCUACCUCAACAACAAUACCUGAUAGAUCUAUGCCAGCCAAACCAACAUCAACCACCACUAACGAGAGAAUUUUGCCGCCGCCACAACAACCUCCACUAGACCUUUGGGCAUCUCAUGCUCAGAAAUUCCCUGCAGUAGGAGCAGCUCCUUACGUCCCUAUCCGACAAUUUAGCGCACAUUGCCAUGGCAUGGCUCAACCCGUUAGAAUAAGAAGUGUAACGCCUGUAUUUGCCGCACCGCAACGUCAGCCACCGUCAAUACCUCCUCAGGUGAUGCGAGGACUACCUCAACAACCUCCACCGGUCACCAUUAGGCAAACGUGUCCGGUAUAUGCAGCUCCACUAUCAGUUCCGAAAGAAGAUUCUGUAAAUGUUCGAAAAGAUAGUCUUAGUGUUGGAAAAGAAGAUUCUCCUACCAUUCGAAAAGAGCAGCCAGCUGUUCUGGAAGAUCCUCCGACUGUUGAAGGAGAUAUUCCAGCUGCUCGGGAAGUAGAUUCUCCGACUUCGAAGGCUGUUCAAGAAGAUAAUGUGGUGGUUAAAGUAGAAGAGUCUGUAAGCAUUACGGAAGAAGAUCAACCAAUUUCUGUUCCUGUUGCCGAUCCAAUUAAAUCUGCAGCUCAACUAGUAGAAACCGGGAGCUCAAGUAAAACAAAUUUACUAGAAUCGGGGAUGAUACAGAUCUUGGAACGACUCGGAAUCUGAAAAUGGCUGGGAUCAUAGUUGGGCGUGAUGAGUUUUAUGCUCGACUCACUUUUGUUUCAGUGUCAUGUCUCAACUUUAUUAUGAGUGUUCCCAUUUCAUCCUUUUUUUUACUGCUUCUCAUUUUGUUUUCUUAGAAGUUACAUUUACUGCAGGCAGGUUAAAAUUAGCAAGGGCAGUGCCUAAUCUUUUUAAAUUCAGGAGUUAUGCCUAUAUUAGCAUGGUGUAGAUUGAUGUUGCAGAUUUAUGGGCUACAAAAAAGAUUGAUGUUGCAGAUGUUUUUGUUUAAACUGAGUUUAGGGCCUUAGUUUGAUUAGUGGCAAGUAAAUUUUCCUGAA